AUGGCGGAGAUCGUGUUCAAGACCAUCUGGCAGUCAGAUGAGAUGAGCCAACUGCAGAAGGGCAGCCAGGAGCACACCAGGUCUCGAGGAGACAUGGCCGAAGCCAGCCUGGAGCACGAGAAGAAGGAGAAGAAAUGGCUGUUCACCAAAAAGAAAAAGUCAGUCUCCUUCCAUGGGACAGAGUGCAACAAGGCGGUCGAUGAUGUGCAACUCUCCUGCCCUGAGCUACGCCGUUCCGCUGCUUCCACCAACGUGUCCACCCUCAACCUCUCCUGCGAGAAGGACUCCACAGACAGCAGCGGCAGCUGGGACAUCAGGAAGAUGAACGCACCUCUGGCCACCACCGAGGACGUGAGAGGCAUGUGGUCCAUCCGGCCACUCAGCGGCAGUCCGUGUGUGAACUUCCUGGAGAGCAUCGAGCGGAGCAAGAACGCAGCCAACGUGCUCAAGGAGUGUACGCGGAAACUACAGAAGAAAAGCAAAGAGGUGGACCAACACAUGGCUGAGGUUGAGAAUAACAUCGCACGGCAGAAAUCACUCACUAUCGAGGAGAAGCUGAUGAACCUGUGCCAGAGGAUCAAGAGGGACCACAUGCAGUGGCGGGAGAGGCUGGUCAGGGACGAUGACCCCGGCCCGGCGGGCAUAGGGUCACCACUGGCGCCCGCUGGCCCACAGGUCCAGGCGAUAGACCAGAUCGCACGCUCCAUGGGCGACCUCAGGCAGGCACUGGCCGCUCGGCUGAGCGGGGCCAAGGAGGCAGAUAGCCAGGCUGGCGCGGGGACAGACGCUGGCAGAGAGGGGCGAGUGCCCAAUGCCACGGCCACCGGCAGCCUUGGACGAGUGCCCAACAACACAGCCGCGGGCAACAAGGGGCAGGAGCCCAACAACACAGCCGCGGGCACGGGCACCGGCAGCUUUGGCCACGUGUCCAACACCGCUGGAAAUGAGGGUCAAGAGCCAAACACCACAGAACUGCCCACAGAGAGAGUGAGAGGGAGUGUGGGCUCUGGGCUGAGCCGUCACCAGAGCCAGUCGUGGCUGCGUCAGGACGAGCUGAGGACACUGAGCCAGUUCCAGGGGCGGUUCGAGGAGCUGCAGCUGCAGUGGGAGCGCACCCACAAAGAGCACCAGCGCACUGCACGCAUGCUGCACGACCUGAAGUCUGAGAUAGACACGAUCGCCCACACCUCGAAGAUGUUGUUCUCAGCAUUUGACCAGAUCCAGAAGAACGUCUGCAACCUGAACCACCUCAAGCCGCUGAUCGAAAACAUCCAGAACCUUCUGGAAACCAACAGAAGCCAAAGGAACACCGAGCCAGGGUAUUUAAGCUCCCUGGACCAGAGCUCAGUGCAAGGGGAAGCUCUCCAACACCUGGUGGACCAGGCAGUGCUGCCCCUGGUGGCGAAGAUCCGCAUGUGCCACCUCACCUUCACCUGCAACCAAUGCUGCAGGAAAUGCAAGCUGUCCGUGCCCUGA